UCGGUCGUGUAGCGCUCGGAAAAGUUAUGUUUUGAGUUGUGCCAUUUUUGCGGUGUGCACGGCAGUGAGGAUGGAGGCUACAAAUUUGGCGAUGCCUCCAAGGGACUCCCUCAAGCCACGAGGGGAACACAAAGCCAUGCAGUUAAACUCCAAACCUAAUCAAGUCGGCACAGUUCUUCUCUACGGAGUGCCCAUUGUUUCUCUCAUCAUUGAAGGGGUAGAGCGGCUCUGCCGCCAGAUCUCCAACACACUUCUCAAGCAGUUCUCUUAUAAUGAGAUCCACAACAGACGGGUGGCUUUGGGCAUCACUUGUGUACAAUGCACACCAGUUCAGCUGGAGAUACUGAGACGGGCAGGAGCUAUGCCGGUUUCUUCAAGGAGAUGUGGCAUGAUAACAAGAAGGGAAGCAGAGCGGCUGUGCAAGUCUUUCUUAGGAGACAACGCACCGCCAAGACUGCCGGACGACUUCGCGUUUGCUGUCCAUCAUGAGUGCGCUUGGGGCUGUAGAGGCGCCUUCUUGCCAGCCAGGUACAACUCUUCCCGAGCAAAGUGCAUCAAGUGCGCGUAUUGCGGUCUAUUCUUCUCCCCAAACAAGUUCAUCUUCCAUUCCCACCGGGUGGGCCCUGGAGACAAGUACGUGCAGCCUGAUGCUGCCAAUUUCAACUCUUGGAGGCGACACAUGAAGCUGAGUGGUAGCCCGCCGGAUGAGGUGGUACAUGCGUGGGAAGAUGUAAAGGCUAUGUUCAAUGGGGGUACGAGGAAGAGGAUGCUGUCUGCUGCUAGAAGGGUUCCUACCCGCAGGCCCGAAGCCGACGGCGCUAGUGAGCCGAAGCGGCCGCCGGCCAGCCCGCCAAGUGCUCACGCGCCGGUGCCGCGGUUGGCCGACUACGUGUGGGGUGCGAGGUUGCCCCUGCCGUAUGCGAUACCGUGGCUCAAACCGACGCUGUGGACCCCAGGAGCUCUGACCGCGCUGAGCGGAGUGAGCGCUUUGGAAGAACCACGUGCGUUCCGUCCAGUGCGCUCGCAUCGGCUGGACUCGCCGCAGCUUUCGCCCGCGCUGUCGCCACCGCGGUCGCCAGAAAGAUCGCCAAUGGCCACAUCAUCUCCGCGGCAAACCCGCUCGCCGCUCCGCUCGCCGGCCCGCUCUCCGCUCCGCUCGUCGCCCGCGCGCUCCACCAAGAGCGACAGAGACAGCGAUGAGAGCGUCGACAUUGAAACUACUGAGGAAGAUCAGCCACGAGAUGCGACGUGUUCGUGGUCGUGCCACACCGCGCCGCCGCGGCCCGACGAGUCUUGCUGGAGCGCCCUCGUGCCCAAGGUGGAGCGCGAAGACGAAGCCCGCGUGGAGCCCUGGCGGCUGCCCGACCUGCGGCCCGCGCUGCAUUACAUGCGGGAUCGUGAAAGAGACGGUUGCGCUGCAUGUGUUGCUCCACUGCCACUGCUGCCCCCUCCUGCACCUGCGCCUCAUUAGCACUAAAUCAUUGUAAUUAAAAAAACUUCAUGAAAUUGUUCGAAACUUUUUCUAAAUUUCGCGCCAAAGCAGCCGAAACAAUGACAUUACUAUUUUUUUCCCCAAUGAUUAUGGCCUUGGACAAAACCACUUUGGCCGGUCAAUGAAAGCAAAAUCCAG